GCAAACAAGACCUCUUGUACGACUACAUGUCCCCAAUUUUUAAAAAAUGAAAGUACCAAACCGCUCCCGAGGGAAGUUUAGAGAGGGCGAACGCCUCCCAAAACGCCACGGAAGCAAGAGACAAACAACCCCGCCCCUGCGCCGCCCUGACACCGGCUGCCAUGGAUCCGACGCAAACUAACCAUUUUCCCAGAGAAGUGGGCCGCCGCCCCGGCCUGCCGGCCCUCCGGCUCGCCCGCCGCAGCCGGCCCCCUGCCCCCCGAGCCCCCGCCCCGCGGCCCCGGGCGGUGCGAGCGAACCCUCGCGGGCGCCUUUGUUCUUCCCCGGGUCUGGGCGUUUCCGUAUCCCGCACUGCGGCGGCCGGACUUAGGGACUCCGCGCCAAGCUCCACUUAACAAAGCAUCGAGACCAGCCUUCCCGCAGGGAUGACAAAAGGCUUUUCCUGGCAGAUCGGGCGACUGACUCCCCCACCCCGUUACCGAGGGCCAGAGGAGGCUGGCUCACCAUGGUUGCUGCUUCGCGGCUGCCGGGAGGUGGCGGAGGCGAGGAGGAGGUGUUGCUUCUUACAGCGCGACUCUUAGGCGGUCGAUGUAAGAGAACCUGCGGCACAUGGGCGGAUGCAGCUCCUUAUAUACAGCUCGGUCACCAUGGGGAUGGGCCACGGCCUUUUCCUGUUGGUCCAGACCCCUCUGUCUGCCCAGAGAAGCCGCGACAGGAGAGUGGUGAUUGGUGCAAGCGACAUGGUAUGAGCCUUCUCCAUGCUCGGCCUGCACAAGACCUCGAGAAAAUUCAGCUGCGCCGCCAUCUGCUGGACGUUCGGAGAUGCUGCAAGAACCUGCCGGUUGAACGAGGUGUCGUGGUUAGCCGGGGAGAGCUAGCUUUUCGCCCAGGAAAUAGCGGCGCGGCAGUCAGUGUUCACAUGCAGACUGCUCAUCCAAAAACAAACGAGCAAGCAAACAAAAAAAACUACCAAACCGGCCCUUUGCUGGAAAAUAGUCCCCGUGUUGAGAAGCACUCAGAUCUGAAUGGUCUGGGAUUGGUGGAAGCCCAGGGCUACACUGUGGGAAGAGACAGCAUUCUCUUCAUUACAUACAUCCACGUUGGGCACUGGCCGAAAACUAAAACCUUGUUUUCCGUCACUGCUCACGGGGGAGUAUCAGAGACAGAAAUCCCAAUGCCCUUGUUCUCCUGGAUGGACUGAUUUUGCUGAACGGAAAGAAUAUUACAAGAUUGAAAUAAAAAUCAAUCUGGGAGCUGGGAGGUGUUCAGAUGUAGCCUGGGAGGGGUUUGGUACAAGGUCAUCAAGCCCUGCCACGGUUUCCUAACCUCUUAAGUCAGUUCUGAUUCUCUUGAAGAUUUUUCUAUUUAGGAGCUGUGGACCCUAUUCACACAGGGGCUAAACCUAUUUGCAAACACAUUUAUACAAGUGCUCUCAAAUAAACAUUGUUUAUUUGAAACAAUCUCUUCAACAUUGUUGCGAUUCUGCUACAAUCGGAGCUCAGAAGCCACUUGGGGAACUGAGGAGCGGCAGAAAGAUCAGAGGAUGGCUGGCCCACCCACCUGGGAAAAUCCGGUUCGCUGCAGAAGCUUUAGUAAUGGAAACACAUUAACAAAACAUAGCUCUGACCUCAAGGAGCUUCGUGGACACUUUUAACAAGACUAGUUUUUGUAUUCUGGAAUGAGCUUUUAGUGGUUUUCCUGGAAGAAAUGAAAUGACUUGACCAAUAGUGUGGCCCACUGGAGCCUAGCUGAUUACAACAUCCUUGGGGUCCAGGUCAGCUGACUUCCAUAUCCAGUCAGUGUGUUCAAGGAUAUCCUACAUUCCUUCAGUAACAGCCCUCAAGAGGAAGACAGUCUGGUGCUACUGCUAGAAGCCGUUGGGCCUCUCCAGGGUGCUUGGAGGAGAUACUCCCGCAACUAAAAUAACAGAGUGGGAAAUAAAUAAAGUACCCUAUAGCAAGUCAGAAAAUGAGAAAAUCGAGCGUGGUUUUGUUGGUUAUUUUUGAAAAGUCUUUCUGUGUAGCUCAGGCUAGCCUCAAACUUGAGGCAGUAUA